AUAGCUUCAGUCCAAUUUUGUAAAUCGAUUUAAAAAGAUCGCUAUUUUAAAAAUGCGCUUUAAACAAGUAUUUAUAUGUGUAAUCUUGAUGUACGUGAAGGGUACUCUCUCAGUUUGUGAAGAAGAUGACACCCCGCCAGGCUGCUCUGGAUUUUGUUUCAGAGCCGUCAAGCCAUGCCUAUCAUACCUGGAUGCUCUUCAGAAUCGGGUGAAUGCCUAUGAGGCAUCUGUACCAAGUGACAUUCUGACAAGAGAAUCCCUCAUAGAUUCAAGGCUGGAGGUUCUGGGAAGGCAGGUGGCUAUUCUGCAGGAGAAGGAGGAGGACUCCCAGAAGAAGAUCACUCAACUGGAGGAUAAGUUGUCAAAGGUCGGGUCCAGUAGCUUGGGCGACGCUAACAAAUUCCAAAAACUAGGCCAAAAAUAUUAUCAUAUCGAAACAGAAUCAAGGGAAAACUGGCAUGGAGCUUUAAAAAAGUGCCAUCAGAUGGGUGGAUACUUGGCCAGUCCGCAAGGUCCGCACGAGCUGGACGCUAUUCAAGGAAAACUAGCAAAGUACACAGGAUACUGGAUAGAUAUCACGGAUCAGUUUAGUGAGAGGGUCUACUGGUCUAUGAGUACUGGAAUGAGGGCCAACUUCCUCAAGUGGGAGGAGAACGAGCCAACCCAAAACGGAGAAAAAUGUGUGGAGCUGCAUACCUUUAAAGAAACUCCUUCCAUGAAUGAUAACUUGUGCUCAAGAAAAAAGUUAUUCAUUUGUGAAUCGUCUGGGAAAUGAAUCAUACACAUAGAUAUAAGAAAUAAAUGUGGAUCCCCUCUGGCAACAAACACUUUAUAUUAGACAACACGCCUUGACUAUUAUUUAAUUGUUUUUACAACUUUUGGUGCAUAGUUUAUUGCCUAAUAAAUUUAUCUGCCUUUUGUA